CCACCGCGAGGCCCGGGGUAGGGGAGCGCGACUUUCGGGCCCCACUGCAUGCUGGGACGCGUAGUCUUUGCCGGUGAUUCAGGACCGCGAGAAGCACGCCAGCCCCCGUUGCAUGCUGGGACGCGUAGUUCGCCUCUGGCUCCACAGCGGGCUCCCCCGCCCUCCGAUGUUCCGGACGCGCGGCGAUGACGACGUCCAAAGCGUUCGUCUCCUUAGCGACGCGAUGUCCGGGCGGAGGGGCCGCAGCCCGCUGCAGGGGGUUCAGCGGCGGGGCCGCGAGCUACGGCAGCAGGUGGAGGCACUGGUUUCUGACAGCAAGGAGAGGGGGGCCCUAGACCCUGCGAAAAGGAAGUACCUUUUUCAGAGAUGUAUGGAGUUGAAGAAAUCAGUGGAUGAAAAUACAUCUGUUCUUCAAAACUUGAAAAAAGCUGAUGAGCCUGCACCUGUGGGGAAUUAUAAUCAGAGAAAAGAAGAGGAAGAAAAACAAUUGUUAACACUCUCUCAGCAGCUACAGAAACUUGCUGCAGUCCUGAGUCAGGACAGUGUGACCAAGGGUUACAAUGUAGAUGGGAAAUGUCAAAAUAGUCCUCAAACAGAACAGGAAAAUGAGGAAGAGGAGGAGGAGGAUGAAGAAAGUAGUGGGGAGGAAGAUGCUGAAGAGGAGGAUGAUGAUGAUGAUGAUAAUGAUGAAGAAGAGGAUGAUGAUGAUGAAUUGGAAGAUCAACCAACAAUUAAAGAAUGUAUCACAGUUGGUGAUUUUGUUGCUCAGCAGGACGGGGAUCUCACGUUUAAGAAAGGUGAAGUGUUGCUCAUACUUGACAAAAAGCCUGAUGGUUGGUGGAUGGCUAAAAAUUCCAAAGGGGAGAGAGGCCUUGUUCCUAAAACCUAUCUCAUGGCAUGCAAUAAAGGAGUUGGCCAAGAGCCAAGUGAAGAGGAAAGUGAGGAAGACAUAGAGGUGGUUGAUGAAACAGCAGAUAGAACCGAAAUUAAAAAAAGAACAGAUUCUCACUGGAGUGCUGUUAGAAAAGCUAUCACAGAGAAUAAUACCAUUGAUGUGUUAGCAACCAUGGGAGCUGUUCCUGCAGGAUUCCGACCAUCAACUCUCUCCCAGCUCUUAGAAAAAGGGAAUCAGUUUCAAGCCAGUUACUUCAUACAGCCUGAAUUGACUCCUUCACAACUGGCUUUCAAAGACAUAGUGUGGAACCCUGAAAAAGACACUAUUCAGCCAAGACCAACUCGAGUGUCACUGAUUUUAACUUUAUGGAGUUGUAAAAUGAUUCCUCUUCCAGGAGUGAGCAUACAGGUUCUCAGUAGACAUGUUCGACUCUGUCUUUUUGAUGGUAACAGGGUACUGAGUAACAUUCAUACAGUUAGAGCUACAUGGCAACCUAAAAAUCCCAAAACAUGGACCUUCUCUCCACGGGUAACAGGCAUCUUACCCAGCUUGCUUGAUGGUGACUGUUUUAUCAGGUCCAAUUCUUCAUCUCCAGACAUUGGUAUAUUAUUUGAACUUGGCAUCACUUAUAUUCGCAAUUCAACUGGUGAAAGAGGAGAGUUAAGCUGUGGUUGGACAUUUCUAAAACUCUUCGACUCCAGUGGAAUUCCAGUUUCUUCCAAGACAUAUGAGCUUCUUUUGAAUGGUGGCACACCCUAUGAGAGAGGUAUUGAGGUGGACCCAUCAAUAUCAAGAAGAGCAAGCAGUGGUGUUUUCCAUCAGAUGAUAACACUAAAGAAACAGCCUCAACUUCUAGUGAAACUGAGAUCAUUAAGCACACGAUCAAAAGGCAUCCUGAAUCUGCUACCAGAAACGUUAAUUGGCAGUAUGUGCUACAUUCAUCUCUUGAUAUUUUAUCGACAAAUUCUCAGUGAUGUGCUCCUGAAGGACAGAAUAAGCAUGCAAAGUGCUGAUUUAAUCAGUAAUCCUAUUUUAGCAACUUUCCCGAAACUCAUGGAGCAGCCUGACCUUAUGGAUGCACUUAGGAGUGCUUGGGCAGAAAAGGAAAGCACAUUAAAGCGAUCAGAAAAGAGAGACCAAGAAUUUCUGAAGUCUGUGUUUUUCCUGGUGUACCAUGACUGUGUCUUCCCUCUUCUCCAGUCCACUUUCCUCCCAGAGCACAAGUGGGCAGAUGAAGAGUCUGAAGCCUCGCGCUGGAAAGUGAUUGCUGACUUCCUGAAGCGGAACCAAGAAAAAGACAGUGCACUCUACUCUCUGCUCUCCUCAGAAAAUGUUCACAAAGCUUUUGAUAUUUCAGAGAUCACAUACGACUUCUUAGGGCAAGCAAGGAAGAGCAGUGCCUCAGUUUGAGUGGACUUUAAGGCCCUUACACUGUCGCGUGUACAAGACUAAAUUAAAAACAUAACUGAUCAUCUUACCAAAAUGAGAGAGGAUUAUAUUACCACAUGGGUUGGGUUUAUUGUUUGUCCAAAGCAUAUUUUGCAAGCAAAUUGUAUUGUACAUAACAAUAUUUGCACGUCCAACUUUUUUUUACACAGCAUAUACUACUGGUGUAUAACAAGUAUUUUAUCUCCUUAUCUACAUGAUUUUACAAAAAAGCUUUGUUUUCAUUUUCAAA